AUGUAUUUUGAUAAGGAUAAUUCCAUGAGCCCUAGGCCGUUAUUGCCAAGUGAUGAGCAGAAGCUAAACAUUAAUCUUCUAACGAAAAAGGAGAAAUUCUCGCAUUUAGACCCCCAUUAUGACGCAAAAGCCACUCCACAAAGAAGCACUUCGAAUAGAAACGUUGGCGAUUUACUUUUGGAAAAAAGAACCGCUAAGCCUAUGAUUCAAAAGGCCUUGACGAAUACGGAUAAUUUCAUUGAAAUGUACCAUAAUCAGCAGAGAAAAAAUCUUGAUGAUGACACUAUUAAAGAAGUAAUGAUUAAUGAUGAAAACGGAAAAACUGUCGCUAGUACCAACGACGGCAGAUAUGACAACGAUUACGAUAAUAACGAUAUUAAUGACCAAAAAACUUUGGAUAAUAUAGCGGGAAGUCCCCACAUGGAAAAAAAUCGAAACAAAGUAAAGAUUGAACAUGACUCUUCAUCUCAAAAACCAAUAGCUAAAGAGUCAUCCAAAGCCCAAAAAAAUAUAAUCAAAAAGGGAAUCAAGGACUUUAAAUUUGGUAGUGUAAUAGGUGAUGGCGCGUAUUCUACUGUAAUGUUAGCGACGUCGAUUGAUACCAAAAAGAGGUACGCCGCAAAAGUACUAAACAAAGAAUAUUUAAUACGCCAGAAGAAAGUCAAAUACGUCAGCAUAGAAAAAACCGCCCUUCAAAAGCUCAAUAAUUCUCCUAGUGUUGUGCGAUUAUUUUCCACUUUUCAGGAUGAAUCAAGCCUAUACUUUCUCUUAGAGUAUGCCCCCAAUGGGGACUUUCUUUCUUUAAUGAAAAAAUACGGUUCAUUAGACGAAACCUGCGCACGAUAUUAUGCUGCGCAAAUAAUAGAUGCCAUAGACUACUUACAUUCCAACGGUAUUAUUCAUAGAGAUAUAAAACCAGAAAAUAUUCUUUUAGAUGGAGAAAUGAAGAUCAAACUGACUGAUUUUGGUACUGCGAAGUUACUGAAUCCUACAAAUAAUAGCGUUUCGAAACCAGAAUACGAUUUAUCAACAAGGUCGAAAUCUUUCGUUGGAACUGCAGAAUACGUAUCUCCAGAACUUUUAAAUGACAGUUUUACAGACUAUCGUUGCGAUAUUUGGGCCUUCGGAUGUAUACUUUUCCAGAUGAUUGCCGGAAAACCACCAUUCAAAGCUACCAAUGAAUACUUGACUUUCCAAAAGGUAAUGAAAGUUCAGUACGCCUUUACACCAGGUUUCCCACUUAUUAUCAGAGAUUUGGUUAAGAAAAUCUUAGUAAAAAACUUAGACCGAAGAUUGACGAUAAGCCAAAUUAAGGAACAUCAUUUUUUCAAAGAUUUGAAUUUUAAAGACGGCUCUGUUUGGUCAAAAACGCCUCCAGAGAUCAAACCAUAUAAAAUCAACGCCAAAUCCAUGCAGGCAAUGCCAAGCGGAAGCGAUAGAAAACUGGUGAAGAAAUCAGUCAACACACUUGGCAAAUCGCAUCUAGUGACUCAAAGGUCAGCUUCAAGUCCCUCUGUUGAGGAAACUACUCAUUCAACCCUAUACAAUAACAAUACUCACGCUUCUACUGAAAGUGAAAUAUCAAUAAAGAAGAGACCCACUGAUGAAAGAACAGCGCAGAUACUUGAAAAUGCAAGAAAGGGUAUAAACAAUAGGAAAAAUCAACCAGGCAAGAGAACACCAAGUGGUGCAGCUUCUGCUGCCCUAGCAGCUUCUGCUGCUUUAACCAAGAAAACCAUGCAAAGCUAUCCAACUUCUAGUUCGAAAAGUAGCAGGUCAAGCUCUCCUGCGACAACAUCAAGACCAGGAACUUAUAAGCGUACUUCUUCUACAGAAAGUAAACCAUUUGCCAAAUCUCCACCUUUGUCAGCAUCAGUUUUAUCGUCAAAAGUCCCAAUGCCUCCAUACACACCUCCAAUGUCGCCCCCUAUGACACCAUAUGAUACAUAUCAAAUGACACCUCCCUAUACGACAAAACAGCAGGAUUAUUCUGAUACCGCAAUUGCCGCACCUAAGCCUUGUAUUAGUAAGCAAAAUGUUAAAAAUAGCACAGAUUCUCCCUUGAUGAACAAGCAAGAUAUUCAAUGGUCCUUUUACCUGAAAAACAUCAACGAACAUGUACUAAGGACGGAAAAACUGGAUUUUGUUACCACAAAUUACGAUAUCUUAGAGAAGAAAAUGCUUAAACUAAAUGGUUCAUUGUUAGAUCCUCAACUGUUUGGUAAGCCUAGACAUACUUUUUUAUCCCAAGUAGCUAGGAGUGGGGGAGAGGUUACAGGUUUUCGAAAUGAUCCAACUAUGACUGCUUAUUCCAAAACAGAAGAUACGUACUAUUCGAAAAAUAUUAUCGAUUUGCAGCUCUUGGAAGAUGAUUAUCGAAUUGAAGGAGGUGACUUAUCGGAGUUGCUUACUAACAGAAGCGGAGAAGGGUACAAAUGCAAUCAAAACAGCUCACCAAUGAAAGACGAUGAUAAAUCCGAAUCUAACAAUAAAGGAAGCUCUGUUUUUUCUGGCAAGAUUAAAAAAUUAUUUCACCCUACCUCAGCAGCUGAAACGCUCUCUUCCUCUGAUGAAAAAACCAAGUACUAUAAACGAACCAUUGUAAUGACAUCAUUUGGAAGGUUUCUAGUAUUUGCCAAGAGGAGGCAGCCAAAUCCAGUUACAAAUUUAAAGUAUGAACUAGAAUAUGACAUAAAUUUGCGUCAACAGGGUACCAAAAUAAAAGAACUAAUCAUUCCCUUGGAAAUGGGAACUAAUCAUAUAGUUGUGAUUCAGACACCUUACAAGUCAUUUCUUUUGAGCACUGAUAAAAAAACCACGAGCAAAUUGUUUACUGUUCUCAAAAAAAUUCUUAAUUCGAAUACAAAUAAAAUAGAGAAAGAACUGUUGCAAAGAAACCAAAAGGUAAUUGAAAGAAGAACAUCAUCAUCCGGAAGAGCCAUACCUAAAGAUCUUCCAACUUCCAAGUCUCCUUCGCCAAAACCCAGGACGCAUAGCCAAUCUCCAUCAAUUUCAAAGCACAAUUCGUUUUCUGAAUCGAUUAAUAGCGCUAAGAGCAACAGAUCAAGCAGAAUUUUUGAAACCUUUAUCAAUGCCAAGGAACAAAAUUCAAAAAAACACGCUGCUCCAGUACCGUUAACCAGUAAAUUAGUUAACGGAUUGCCAAAAAGACAAGUUACCGUGGGAUUAGGUCUAAACACAGGAACAAAUUUCAAAAACUCAUCUGCAAAAUCGAAGAGGUCGUAA